AUGGCCUGGGCUCCUCUGCUCUUCGCGGUCCUCAUCCACAGCUCAGGUUCCCUGGUCCAGGCAGCUCUGACUCAGCCACCCUCGGUGUCAGCAAACCCAGGACAAACCAUCCAGAUCUCCUGCAUGGGGAGCAGCAGCAACUAUGGCUGGUACCAGCAGAAGGUCCCUGGCACUGCCCCUCACACUGUGAUCUACUGGAAUGACAGGAGACCCUCAGGAAUCCCUUCACGAUUCUCUGGAUCCAAGUCUGGCUCCACAGGCACCUUAACCAUCACUGGGGUCCAAGCUGAGGACGAGGCUGUCUAUUACUGUGGUGGCUGGGACAGCAGCGGGGCCGGGACCCUGCUGACCGUCCUAGGUCAGCCCAAGGUCGCCCCCAACGUCCUGCUCUUCCCUCCAUCCACCGAGGAGCUCUCCCAGCAGAGCAAAGCCACCCUGGUGUGCCUGGUAGAUGACUUCUACCCUGGGUCGGUGCGGGUGACCUGGCUGGCUGAUGGCACACCCCUCACCAGCGGCGUGGAGACCAGCCCGGCUCAGCGGCAGAGCAACAACCAGUACAUGGCCAGCAGCUACCUGUCGCUGAGCUACUCAGACUGGACCAGACGUGACGUCUUCACCUGCAAGGUCGAACAUGAGGCUGGCAACGUGGAGAAGAGCCUGAACAGAUCCCAGUGCUCCUAA